AUGUCAAAAACUUUAGCUGACAACAAAGGUGAGUCAUCGACCCUUAAUGAUUCUUCCUUUCCAUGGAAAAAAUUCUGGGCAGUGAAGAGAUUAGCUCCUAAAAUACACAUGUUUCUGUGGAGAAUUUUACAUGAUGGUGUGGGUGUUUUCUCCAAGAUUAGCAAGUAUAUCGAGGGUGCACCAAAUGACUGUCAGCUUUGUUUUAGUGAAGUCGAGACUGUUGACCACUUAUUUCUUCGUUGUAAUCUUUCCCAAUUAAUUCUCUUCGCUUCUCCUUUAAGUUUGAGAAUUAUAAAUGACGGACAAACUUCGCUGCGAAGUCUUGUAUCCAGCUGGUUAGAAAUAAGUGAUAAUGGUCAGUACUUUUGUUUAGGAGCAAGCUUACUUUGGGCGAUAUGGCAUGCCAGGAAUAAAUUGGUCUCCGAGAAAGAAAAAAUUAACAUUAACUCGGUAAUCAAUCAUGGAUUGUUCUGGUUUAAUCUAUACUACAAUGAUAAUGAGGACCCGGAGCUUUCUACUGCCACCGGUACCGGUCACAUUCCAGUGACGCACCGAUGCAAUCCUUGGAUACCUCCUACAACAGAUGCAGUCAAAAUUAACAUCGAUGCUGCCAUUGGUAAGAACAAUUCCUCCUGUGCUGUUGUUGCAAGGGAUUCUCAAGGAAGAUUUUUAAGUGCAGGCACAUCUCUCAGUGCAAUCCGUAACCCUCUUGUUUCCGAAGCAGGUGGUUUUUUGUUGGCUUUCUCUUUAGCUUCAAGGAUGAAUUAUAACAAUAUUGAGAUUGAAAGUGAUUCCCAAUCCAUUGUGAGAAUCUUAAAUGGUGAAUCAACUAGAAUUCCUUGGAGAAUCUCCAGGUUCAUUGAAGAAAUUAAAUCGUCUGCAUCAACCUUGGGUCAAGUCACAUAUCAGUCCGCGCCGCGAGAAGCUAAUGAUGCCGCUCAUAAACUCGCCAAAUUUGCUGUCGCAAAUCAUGUCCAGAACUGGUGGACAUCUUCCCAACCACCUUCAUGCAUUUCUUCCAUUCUAGCUCUUGAAGCAGCUCAUUUUCUUUCUUCUUAG